AUGCAAAUCAAUAUCCGGGGCCAGAUCGGUUCCAACAGUAGGCUGAAGAUCUGCCGGAUCCACGAUCAAGGCGAACAGAAGUAUGUCGAAAAGCAUACUACCGACCAGCCUCUACAGGAAGAAAUUACCGAUGACGGCGACCCAUACAACGGCCGCUCCAAAAGCAAAGUAGCAGUAAUAAUGCUCGCUCUCUGCACAGCAGUAUUCCUCGGAACGCUCGACUCUACAAUCGUCACCACAGCUCUUCCAACAAUAACCGAACACUUCAACUCAGCAUCAGGCUAUACAUGGAUUGGCUCUGCCUUUCUACUCGCCAAUGCAUCUACCAUCCCAUCUUGGGGAAAAGCUAGCGAUAUAUUCGGUCGUAAGCCUAUGUUGUUGUUGGCGAAUGUUGUUUUCAUGAUCGGGUCGCUUGUGGCGGCGUUGUCGAAUAGUGUUGGUAUGCUUGUUGCUGCUCGUGCUGUUCAGGGGUUGGGUAGUGGUGGUUUGGUUAUUGUGAAUAUAACUAUUGGUGAUUUGUUCAGUUUGCGUACGAGAGGGGUGUUUUAUGGCAUACUCGGUGGCGUUUGGGCGAGCGCUUCUUCGAUUGGACCGAUUAUUGGUGGACUCUUGACUCAGAGUGCGAGUUGGAGGUGGUGUUUUUGGAUCAAUCUUCCCCUGGAUGGCCUGGCUUUCAUCGUGCUGUUCUUCUGUCUUGAUAUCGAAAGUCCUAGCACGCCGCUACUUGAAGGUCUCAAGGCUAUUGACUGGAUCGGAUCCUUCCUGGUCAUUGGUGCGACUCUGAUGUUCCUUUUCGGCGUUCAAUACGGCGGCGAGACUUAUCCAUGGAACUCAGCGAUUGUGAUCUGCCUCAUCAUCUUCGGCCUUCUAACCUUUGCUCUAUUCCUCUUAUACGAAUGCAAAGUCCCCAAAUACCCCAUCAUGGACCUCAGCUUCCUCAACUCUCGAACCAAUAUCGCAACACUUUCCACAGCUUUCAUCCACGGCCUCGUCUUCAUCUCAGGAACCUACUAUCUCCCCCUAUACUUCCAAGCUGUCCGCGGCGCUACACCCAUAUUCUCUGGUAUAUACCUCCUCCCCACCGCCCUCGCAGCUUCCGCAUCCUCUCUCGCCGCUGGCAUCUUCGUCCGCAAUCAUGGCGCUUAUCUUCCUCCCAUCUACACCGGCUUCUUGAUCAUGACCGUGGGCUUUGGUCUUUUCGUCGACCUCGAUGUACACUCUACAUGGGCGAAACUCGUCAUCUAUCAAAUCGUCGCUGGAGUGGGCUUUGGAGCGCUUUUCCAAGCCCCGUUUAUUGCAUUGCAGGCGCAUAUCCAUCCUCGCGAUAUAGGCGUUGCUACCACAACUCUUGGUUUCACACGGCAGAUGGCAACGUCCAUCUCCGUCGUCAUGGGUCAAGCGGUAUAUCAAAACGCUAUGACUGCCAAAACAGAAGAACUAACUACCUCUCUGGGCCCAGAACUCGCUGGCGAAUUCUCUGGCGGUGGAGUGGUUGCUAAUGCUGGAGCUAUUGAUGCGUUACCUGGAUAUCAAAGAGAGGUGCCCAUGUGGGUUAUGUAUACGGUUUUCUCAGCUGUGGGGUUGUUGGCUGCGUUGUGCAUUCAAAAGAAGGUGUUGAGUGUGCGGCAUGAAGAGACGGUUACGGGGUUGGCUGCAGAACGGCAAAAUGCUGUAGAGAGGGCUGCGGAGAGGGAAGUCAAACGUGCUGGUAAGAUGGCUGGUCGGGCUGUUGUUUGAGAUCGAAAAUCUGUUCGAGGAUUGUAGAAGAUAACUUGGCGAUCUAGAGUAGUGUUGGAGUGGAGUGUACAAGUGCUCGCAUCAUUCGGGUCUAUCUCACACAAAAGGGGCCUCUGCAUACAGAAGGAGAUUUUUGGCAUGCCGAAAACGGCGAAAAGGCAUUUUUCGCAAAGAUUUUGGUCGAUAUAUGUCGUUCCAUUCCGUGUAUAUAUAAGUAUCCAUCUAUGCGACUUCGACCAACUCAUCUUCAUCAUCAAUCUC